AAUUCAUCGAGGCCGCCAGCCACGAUCACAAUCAUCUCCAACUUCAUCCUCAUCAGCGCCUUCGCACCAAUCUAUCCUCAAACACGCCCUCUCUUGCAGCGAGCCGUGUCUCUAUCCCCGCGAAUAGUGGCCUGCCACACCCACAUCACCAUCUCCACGCGCCCACCACCACUAUGUCCUCCUCCAACGGUCCCCCCGGACCCUUCACCAUGAAGAAAUUCUCCCUGGCCUCCAAACCUUCCAGCUCAACACCCUCCUCCCGCCCCUCCUCCACCAAACCCCCCUCCUCCCUCGGCAAACGCACCCGCCCCCCUCUCCACCACGCCUCGGACUCCGACUCCGACCGCGAGCCCGAGCCCGUAGCCGUAACCGCCUUCGGCGCCUCGGGCGCAGAGACGCGCGAGCGACACACCCGCAGCGCGCCCAUCAUCGAGAAACUGCCUAAUCGCGACUGGCGCGCUGAGGCGCGGCAGCGACGGGGUGGGAAGAACCUCCUACCGCCUGAGGUGCAGGCGCAGCGCGAAGGGGCGAGGAAGGCUGCUGAGGGGAGGGGUGUGGAGGAGGUGCAGGGGGGGGAGGAGAUUAAAUGGGGACUGACGCUAAGGUCGAAGGAGGAGAAGGAGAAGGAUGUUGUUGAGGGUGUUGAGCCGCCUAGGUCUGCGCCGCCAGAGCCAACAGAGGCGCUGGUUCAGAAGGUGAAGACGGAUGAUGAUCGUGCGCUUGAUGCGCUGCUGGGGCGUGAGGAUAAGGUUAAGCGCCCGGAUCUUGUUAUUGCGUCUAAGGAAGACACGACGUAUGAGGCUCCUAUUAGCGAUGGAGAUGCGUAUCAGCGCGCUAUUGCCUCGGCGCCCGAUGUAUCCACGCUUCAAGAUUACGAGGAUAUGCCGGUUGAGGAUUUUGGGGCAGCGCUGCUACGUGGUAUGGGAUGGAAGGGGGAGAAAGUGGCGACGCCGAAGGAGGGGAAGAGGCGGUUAAAUUUGCUUGGUCUGGGAGCGCGGGAGCUGAAGGGUGCUGAGGAACUUGGGGCUUGGGUGCAAAAGAGCGAUGUUAAGAGAUUGAAUACUAAAGCAAAGAAAGAGAGGCGGGAGAAGCCUGGGGAAUAUAGAGAAAGAGAGGAUACGAAGAGGAGAGAGCGGGAUGAGAGAUAUGGGGGACGAGACGAUAGGGAGAGGAGGGAGUAUAGAGAUCGGGAUAGGGAGAGGAGGCGCUGAGAAUGCUGCCAGGGUCGGAUAGAGGCGGGAGCACUACGAGUAUCAUUCGAGGAGAUAUUGAAGAACAUCGUCAACCGUAGCGCACGAGCGACGAAAAGAAUGAUACCAGACACUAGACUUAUUAUAUAGAUUGGUCGCUAAAAUACAAAACUCGAGA